GUAGCUGGCGAUAAACCAAGCGCGCGGCACGCGAGCAAACCAUCCUCCUCUCUCUCGCCCUGCGCCGCUGCACGCGUCUCCUCCACUCCACCUCCACCUCCACCCCAUCUCAUAACCCUAGCGCCUGCGCCUGCGCCUCCAUCCCCACCCAAACCCCAAUCCCCGACUCGAUCCCCGGCGGCGAGGAACCCCCCCGCGCCGAUUCGCCUCCGCAGAUCGGCGGCCGGGCCGAGGGCGGGGCGGGUUCAGAUUCGGGUUCGCGCCUGGGCGCCUCGUCGGGGUCCCACCGCGGCGGUCGGGGAGCAUGGUGGGAGGCGGGAGGCGGGGCGGGGCGGCGGACGAGGUGAAGCUCAACACCGGCAACGUGUUCGCGGCGCUCGAGUCCCUCAAGAAGAAGAAGAAGGGCGACAAGGGCAAGGCGGCCGGGUCGUCGUCCUCCAGGAAGAAGCACGGCGACGGGGCGGCCCAGCAGCAGGAGCCGCCGCAGAAGGAGGUCUUCUGGGCGCCCGCGCCGCUCACCACCAAGUCCUGGGCCGACGUCGAGGACGACGACGACGACGACUACUUCGCCACCACCGCGCCCCCGCGCCCCGUCUGGGGCACCGCCGGACAGGGCGACGAGGCGGGGAAGGACGAGGAGGACGUCGAGGAUGCUGUUCGCGCCGCCCUUCAGGAGGACAUUGAGAGCGAUGAUGAGGACCUUGAUGAUGAGGUUGAUGAUGGUGCUGAGGAUGAACCUGAGCAUGAAGCGGGAGAUGCCCCAGCUGAACCUCUGAAGACAAUCGCACCCCAUGCACCUCCCAAAGAUACAGAAAGGCAGCUAUCUAAAAAGGAGUUGAAAAAGAAGGAAUUAGCAGAACUUGAUGCGGUAUUGACUGAGCUGGGACUUUCUGGGAAUUCAAGCAAUGCUGCACAGGAUGAUAAGAAUGUUGAGAAGAAAGGUGUGAACCAAACUGGUGAUGGAGAGAGAAAGGAAGAUGCUCCAGCCCCUUCAGAGAGCAAGACCUCCAAGAAGAAGAAAAAGAAAGACAAGAGUUCCAAGGAGGCAAAAGAAACACAAGAAGCAGCUGAUGGGUCAGAGGAGACUGCCAGUGCAGAACCUGAUGAAGACACUGCAGCUGUGGAUGUGAAGGAGCGCCUAAAGAAGAUGGCUUCUAUGAAGAAGAAGAAAUCGAGCAAAGAGACGGACACUGCUGCCAAAAUUGCUGCUGCUGAGGCUGCAGCAAGGAGUGCAAGGCUCGCGGCAGCUAAGAAGAAAGAGAAGAGUCAUUACAACCAGCAGCCCGUGCGGUAAAUGGGCAAAAAGUUUUGAAAUGCUGAGUUUGAUAUCCCCUUGUUCGUUUUGGACUCACAAUAAAACUUUUUUGAGUUGUCUUUAUGACUGUGAAGCCUUUCUGAGUUCCAUUUCAGAAUUCAUGAAUGGCCUUUAUGGUCGCAAAACAGUUGUGUAAUUGUGUUUUGAAUUGUUCAUCCAAUGGAACUUAAUGGACAACAUGGCCAGUCAGGGUUAUCU